GGUUUGGUUCUCCAGUUGCCCGCCAUAAAUAUCUCGGGUUGCAGCAAAGAGGAAUCUCACUCUGUUGCCCUUCGGCAUCCCUCCACCCCGCGCGCGCAAGCCAGUUGUGCUGCAUUCACUGCCACACAGAGACGAUGGGAGAGGGCUAAAACCUUGUCACGGUAAAAGGGGGUGUGUGUGUUUGUGAUCACACCGGCACCCGAGUGUGACGCUGGCCUUCCCAUCCCUCUGAUCUCCAUCGGGCAGCGUGGGAGCGGGAGAAGGCAGGACGUGGCUGCUUGCAAGUGUGGAAGUAGCAUCAGGGCAGGUCUGCGUUCAGCCGAGCGCUGGGCUGGCUUCAGACGGCAAUGGAGCUCCUUGAAGAAGAUCUUACCUGUCCCAUUUGUUGUAGUUUGUUUGACGAUCCACGAGCACUACCCUGUUCACAUAACUUCUGUAAAAAAUGUUUGGAAGGGAUCCUAGAGGGAAAUGCCCGGAACAUGAUUUGGAGACAGCCUCUUUUUAAAUGCCCCACCUGUCGGAAGGAAACUACUGUUACAGGGGUCAACAACCUCCAAGUCAACUAUUCUCUAAAAGGUAUUGUGGAGAAGUAUAAUAAGAUUAAGGUAACAACAAAAAUUCCUUUGUGUAAAGUACACAGUGGUCAACCCCUUAACAUUUUCUGCCAGACAGACACUCAUUUGAUAUGUGGUAUCUGUGCAACUCGAGGAGACCAUAUAAAGCAUGUGUUUUGUUCUGUUGAAGAUGCUUACCUUCAGGAAAAACUUGCAUUUGAGACCUUGUUCAAGGGAUUUGAAACAUGGCGUUGCGAGGAUGUACUUUCUCGACUAGACAUUCUAGAAAGCAGCAAACGGAAGGCUCUCCAGAUUCUGACAAAGGACUAUGACAAAGUAAAAGAGUUUUUUGAGAAACUGCAGUAUGCACUGGAGCAAAAAAAGAAUGAAAUACUUUCAGACUUUGAGACGAUGAAGCUUGCAGUUAUGCAGGCAUAUGACCCAGAAAUCAAUAAACUGAACACUAUUGUACGAGAGCAACAAAUGGCUUUUAACAUUGCAGAAGCCUUUAAGGAUGUGUCUGAACCAAUUAUAUUUUUGCAACAGAUGCAAGAGUUCCGAGAGAAAAUAAAAGUGAUAAAGGAAACCAGAUUGCCUUGUCCCACAGUAGAUAUUAACUCCACAAUGAAAGACUUUGAUACUAGUCAGUGGGAGCAAUUUAAGCUUGCAGAUGUGGACAAGCUUUCUUUACCUCAGGAGAAAAGCACUUAUAAUUGGGCCAUUCCUUCACCUUUUUCAUACAAGUUUAUCAUGGCGAUUUUGUUUUGCUUGUUUAUCCUUGCUACUACCCAGGUAUCCAUUAUAGACUCUCUAGCUGACACUCUCCAGCACUGCAAAACCUUUAUCUCUGAAUAUGGCUCAGGAUAUCUGACAGAUACAGCAGAGAUGGCAGGUCAUGCUGUCUUCUAUUGGGAGAAAAUUACUGAUAGUGCUUCAGUUCUAAGUGAAAAAUGUGUAAACUAUACACUUGUGAUGUUGGAUAAUGUUGCUCAAUUUGUGUGCAAAUAUAAACUUUAGUACUACCAGUGUGUAAGAAAUGUGUAAUCAAAAACUGGUUGCUUGAGAAUCUUUAAAAAUAAGUACACUAAACCCUAGUAAACAUUUGGUGGAUUUUUGAAAUGAGCUUGCUCUUCAAGUACUGAUGCUGUUUUCUGUGGUUCAGGCAUUGAUAUGUUGAAAUAUUUUGCACAUUCUGAUUCUGAAAGUGAUUGACCUUUUUAAAAGUGAAAUUAACAUGUCAUUUUUUAACUGUCUAUCUUGCUUUUCCCAAGUGAAGACACUAGUUGUAUGUAUAAUAGUAAUAUGUAAAAAUGUCUUUUUUCCAUAAAAUGCAAUAAACAAUUGAAUGAA